CCAAUUCUGAGUGUUUAAUAUGUCAUCUGUUUGUAUUUCUCUCUAGGUACUGAUAUCUCGGUAGGAGAGGAGGUGGCCAUCAAGCUAGAAUGUGUGAAGACCAAACACCCGCAGCUCCACAUCGAGAGCAAGAUCUACAAGAUGAUGCAGGGAGGAGUGGGUAUCCCAACGAUAAAGUGGUGUGGGGCGGAGGGCGACUACAACGUGAUGGUGAUGGAGCUGUUAGGACCUAGUCUGGAAGACCUGUUCAACUUCUGCUCCCGCAAGUUCUCCCUCAAGACUGUCCUGCUGCUGGCUGACCAGAUGAUCAGCCGUAUAGAGUACAUCCACUCGAAGAACUUCAUCCACAGAGACGUGAAGCCAGACAACUUCCUGAUGGGCCUGGGCAAGAAGGGCAACCUGGUGUACAUCAUCGACUUUGGCCUGGCCAAGAAGUACCGCGACGCCCGCACACACCAGCACAUCCCCUACCGCGAGAACAAGAACCUGACCGGCACGGCGCGCUACGCAUCCAUCAACACACACCUGGGAAUCGAGCAGUCUCGUCGUGAUGACCUGGAGUCUCUUGGCUACGUCCUGAUGUACUUCAACCUGGGCAGUCUGCCCUGGCAGGGCCUGAAGGCUGCCACUAAGAGACAGAAGUACGAACGCAUCAGUGAGAAGAAGAUGUCUACCCCCAUCGAGGUCCUGUGUAAAGGAUAUCCAUCUGAGUUUACCACGUACCUGAACUUCUGCCGUUCUCUGCGGUUCGAUGACAAGCCCGACUACUCGUACCUCAGACAGCUGUUCAGGAACCUGUUCCACAGACAGGGCUUCUCCUACGACUACGUCUUCGACUGGAAUAUGCUCAAGUUUGGCGCCAACAGGGCAGCAGAGGAUGCAGAGAGGGAGAGGAGAGCUGGUGAGGACAGACUGAGACAGGGACAGGCCAGGGCCCCUGCAGGGGCCAGGGGGAUCCCCUCUGCCUCCGGACGACCCAGAGGAGCACAGGACGCCGCCGCACCCGCACCCCUCACACCCACCUCACACACAGGUAUGGAGCGAGAGAGGAAGGUCAGCAUGCGUCUUCACCGUGGAGCUCCUGUCAACAUCUCCUCCUCAGACCUGACUGGACGACAGGACUCACGCAUGUCCACCUCACAGAAUAGCAUUUCCUUCCACCAUCAUCAAAGAAAGUAGCAGCUCGCCACGUCCUGGUGUGAACGGCUGGCUCUCUCUCGUGUCACCCCCAGUGGCCUCCAGUCAGCAGCCCCUCGAUGAGUCCCUCUGCCCCCAUCAGCACCACCAUCACCACCCUGGAGGGUUAAACCAGGCACGGCCCUAACCAUACCACACACCAACACACACACCAUACCACACACCAACACACACAAUACCACACAC